GUUCCCGAGAAGCGUGCAUUAGGACGGGUUAUAUAUUUGAACGGAACCGGAAAAGAGUCAGCGGGCGUCGGUUGAUGACGUUUCAUAACGUGGAUCAUCGUUAGCGAGUUUAGGAGCCUUCCGAAUCAAGUAUAUAUCAGGAAUACAGCGGGAGAUGUAAACCACGGUCACCUAUGCUCAACGUUAAACUAAAGUAGUAAAAUGUGUGUUCUCAGAGGUCUCAGAAAAUAUAGUAACCUGGCAUAUUUGUGACGAGGCUACAAGCUAGCUGGGUAGCUAGCUAACGUCGUAACCAUAGCUACCGGUGUUUCAAAACAGCUAACGCUAGCAUUGCUAACUAAGCUAUAGGGGAUUAUUUUCAGGGUAAACCUGACUUACAGUGUGUUGACAUACAGUUUUAUUUCCACGGGAGCGUUGACAACUCAAUAUAAGGGUGGCUUUGAGUUUUACUUUGUUACUAUGUACUUUCUCGGGGGAUAUUAAGCAUUUAUGUAUGCUAAUUGGUCAUCUGCUAACACUGGUAGCUGUUUGUCAGUGGUGUAAUGUUAAAGUAACUUAAUAGCUAAUUAGUUAGGUAUGUUUAUACAAGCAUUGAAUAAAUAUACAUAACAACCUAAAAAAUACAGAGGUACCUUGAAAUUGUAUUUUAAUACAGUACACGUACUAGUUACAUUCCAUCAUUGUAAACAAGUACUUUACACUUGCACAUACUGCUGUGUAUUUUCAUCUACACUACAUUUGGAGAGUGAGGUAAUCGAGUAGUAGUAGUUUUAGUAAAAAAAAAAUUAUAUAUACAUACUUAUAACUGUAGCACAUGUUGGCAGUAAGUAGUUACUUUCUAGCUUCAGAUUUUGAGAGAAAAUCAGAAUCACCAAAUAUAAUAUGAUGCAUGUUUUAAUAGGUUAAACUCGUCAUCAUUACCAGCAUCUGAAUAUUAAGUAUAUAACAAAAUCACACUGAAAGGAGCCAACUCCCGUGUCUGUACAGAUGUGCUGUACGAUCAGCACAGUAGUGUUUGCUCUAGUAGCAGCAGCCAGUUUCUCACCUGUACAUGUCCUGGAGUUCUGUCAGAGUACUGACCGUGACUGCCACAGUCAUGACAGAACAACAUCAGACAGCAUCAAAUCCAGGUGGAACAUGAGCGCUUCAAACCUUAUACAGGACCUGGAACAAUUCAGAGUGUCCUGCAAGAAGCUCCUAGAAGCAUUCCCAGUAGAUGAGGUUGAUGGUAACUUUGUUCGCACUGUUAAGAACUGCAUAUUCUCCAAAUCCAUUCCAACUCCACUGAAAGGCCCGUUAAGACUGGCAGCAGUUUCGAAGGAUGUCAUUGAGGGGAUCUUAGAUGUAGACAUGGCUGUAACGCAGUCCGAUGAGUUCCUUCAGUAUGCCAGCGGUGGAAGACUGCUGCCAGGAUCUGUACCACUUGCGCACAGAUACGGAGGUCAUCAGUUUGGCUACUGGGCAGGACAGCUGGGCGAUGGUCGAGCACAUUUUCUCGGUCAGUACACCAACAGGAAAGGAGAAGUAUGGGAGAUGCAGCUUAAAGGCUCUGGAAAAACACCUUAUUCAAGGUCCGGAGAUGGUCGAGCUGUGAUCCGUUCUUCUGUGAGGGAGUUCCUGUGCAGUGAAGCCAUGCAUUUCCUGGGUGUCCCCACCAGCAGGGCUGCCAGUCUAAUCGUAAGUGAGGAGCCGGUGAUCAGGGAUCAGUUCUACAAUGGCAAUGUGAGGACAGAGCGAGGAGCUGUUGUUCUCCGGUUAGCCAGGUCAUGGUUUCGGAUUGGAUCUUUAGAAAUUCUGUCUGAAAGUGGAGAGAUAGAUCUCCUGAGAAAGCUGUUGAACUUUGUGAUUGAUGAACAUUUUUCUUCAAUUGAAUCAGAUGAUCCAAAUAAAUAUUUGGUGUUUUAUUCCACAGUUGUGAACGAAACAGCACACAUGAUCGCUCAGUGGAUGUCGGUUGGGUUUGCACAUGGUGUGUGCAACACAGACAACUUCAGUCUCCUCUCUAUCACCAUCGACUACGGGCCGUUUGGUUUCAUGGAGGCUUAUAACCCCGAUUUUGUCCCCAACACCUCUGAUGAUGAGGGCAGAUACAGAAUAGGAGCCCAGGCCAACGUCGGCCUGUUCAACUUGGAGAAGCUGUUGACCGCUCUCAGUCCUGUGCUUUCUAAAAAACAGCAGAAAGAGGCUAAAAUCAUUUUAAAAGGAUAUGCUGAUAUUUACCAGAUGAGGUUUCACCAGCUAUUCACAGCUAAACUGGGGCUUCUAGGUGACGAGGAGGAGGACGGCUACCUCAUCGCCUUCCUGCUGAAGAUGAUGGAGGACACUCGGUCAGACUUCACCACGACCUUCAGGCAGCUCAGUGAAGUUUCAGUUGAGCAGCUUCACAACAACAAUUUCGCACAGAUGUGGGCCCUUGAAGACUUAUCGACCCACAAGCUCUUCUCUGAUUGGCUCAACAUGUACCUGCUGCGGCUCAGAGGUCAACGAAAUGAUAAUGAUUCAGAUCGUCAGCACAGGAUGAGAAAUGUGAAUCCAAGAUAUGUGCUGAGGAACUGGAUGGCAGAGUCUGCAAUAAGAAAAGCUGAGAGGAAUGACUUUUCUGAGGUGGAGCUGCUGCACCACAUCCUGUCCUCUCCCUUUGUUACACAAGAGACUGCAGAGCAGGCGGGCUAUGCAGCAAGACCUCCACUGUGGGCUGAGAGGUUAAAGGUCAGCUGUUCCUCUUGAGUGACGCCUGGAUGUAGAGAAAUACUCAAAUCAACAAGAAUCACAACGUAACAGCUUUUUUUUUUUCUUGUUACAUUUUGUUAAAUUCUGUCAAGUCUGUGGAAUCUAUUAGGCUCAAAAUGCGAAGGUCAUUGCUGUUUAAUGUUCUUGAUCUAGCCACUAUUUAUAGAUACAGUGACCAAUACAUAUUGAAUGCAGCUCUGAGGGCCAAAGAUGACUUAAUUCUAUUUGUUUUGGUUUUUUGCUCAUACAACUGUAAUUUGAUUUGACUGUUUGACAGCUUAAUACUUGCAAAUGUCUUCCAUGUGAUUCCAUAGUGACACCAAAAUAAAAACAAAGACUCUUCCGUGGAGA